AUGGGAAACGCUGUCUGGGAGCUCUUCUGUGCCGAACACGCAGUAAACCUUGAUGGAACCCUGUUCGAGCCACCGCAUGUGCUUGAGUGGCACGAGACCUUUUUCAAUCUAUCCGGCUCGGGACAUUACGUGCCAAGAACUAUAUUUGUUGACCUGGAACCCACAGUUAUCGGUGAGUUUGGGCUGGCCGACUGAAACUGGUGCAAUUUGUCAAUCAUUAAUAUUGUUCUUGUGCGCGUAAUCAUGCCUGUGACCCUCGAAGCAUGCGAGAAGGGGCAGGACACAGGGGGGACCGCUGACCUCGGACAGAGAAGGAGGGCUCGCCUACUCUGGUAUUCUAUAAGUUUCCAGCCUAACUGACCGUCCGAUCGUCGUUACCGACGCUGUCCACCGUGCGCUCCAAAGCAUUGACGCCGCAGGGAGGUUAACUUACGCGAAAUGAAGUUUAUAGUGGUAGUAGACUUUCGCAACAUCUACAGCGCUCUCGCUUUCCCCACCGGACCCACCCCGCUGUCAUGGCAGAUUCGAGAAGACGGGAAGCGGGAUCAGGUAAACUGGCCGAUAAAGCUAAAUAUCCUAGCAUGGUAUUACCGACAAAGACAGGCGUGACUGGAAUGGCCAUUGCUAGCUUGUUAGCCGUAGUCAGCCAGUCAUAUCCAACCCCGAAGUGUGCAACACCUGCGACCUGUUAGUUAGAAGUCCACGCCUCAAAUUACUGGGCCACGAGCCUGCUGUCCCGUCGGUUUCGAUCAGGAAUAUGCAAUAGCAGGGGGCGCUUACCGAUCGUUCCGUUGUGCCUUAGGGGCUCUCUCUCGAGCCCAACCAACAGUCGCACAGCGGCGCAUGAGAUAGGUAUUCCCGAUCAAAACCGACAGGACAGCGGGCCCGUGGCUCAGUGGUUAGAGGCGUUGGACUUCUAACUAACAGGUUGUGAGUUCGAACCUCGGGUGUUCCACACUUCGGGGUUAGGUAUGACUGGCUGACGACGGCUAAUAAGCCGGAAAUGGCCAUUGCAGUCUCCCUUGUCUUUGUCGCACAAUUUAGAAUAUCGGCAGAAGAUCGCUUGAUGACGUUAUUGUUUUGUUUCAGGGCAGAACCGCCCUCUAUAAUGUUUAAGAUAGCAGGAAGUUCUGUUUUUUUCAGCUAAUAACACGCUUGCUCACAUCUUACCUCAAGUGAUUUAUGCGGGCUGAAAAACAAAAAGGAGCUUUUCGUUAUGGUAUUACCGACAAAGACAAGGGAGACUGGAAUGGCCAUUUCUGGCUUAUUAGCCCGUGCCCCAGUGGUUAAAGGUGUGGACUUCUAACUAACGGGUCGCGAGUUCGAGCCUCGGGUGUUCCACGCUUCGGGGUUGGGUAUGACUGGCUGACGACGGCUAAUAAGCCAGAAAUUGCCAAUCUAGUCUUCUUUGUCUUUGUUGGUAAUGACAUUCUGCUUAUAUCCUGCGCCGCUGCGCGGCUCCUGGUUGGGCUCGACAGAGAGAGCCCAUAAGGCACAACGGAACGAGUGAGUUCCGUAUGAACGAUCGGCGAGCGCUCCCUACCGUUGCUAAAGCAUUGAAUGACAACCACGCCUAGUCCGCGCACAAUGGACCACGAUUCCACCAAAACAACAGCGUGGAGGCUCCGAUCGCAACGGAAUGGGAAUGUCAUAAAUGCCACGCCAAAAAGGAGCCAUUGCAGCCUAACUCUCCGUUCUUACAGGAAGACCGAGCUAUCCCUUUAGUUGGCAGCCUUCCAAGCCACAGAUCUGUUAGCGCACGGUAGUAGUUUAAAAGAGCGUCAGAUUGUUUAUAGCGAGGAAAAUCUGCCGUGUUCUGUGGGGACGCAGUCAACCACGUUCUCUCUCUCCCUUUUCCAAGACGCCAGCCCACUGUCCAAGCCGGUCAUUCGCCUGAUGCGGGGACUGGACUCAUGUGACUGACUGAGCUAGACAGCCAAUCUACACUUGUCGCACACGACCUGGCGCCGCAAACUACGCCAGCUGGCCUGCCUGGGUUUAAUAUGCAUUAAAGUGCCAUAGAGGCCACAAGUAGGAGGACGUAGAGAACACGUUUGUACUCGCGUAACAGGUGUCGAUUCCUUCCUUGCCUAUGUUGGCUGAUGUGGGACGGGUUCCCGUGUGAUGUAAGCACUGUUGUGGAAGUGCGUGGUGAUGAGGUCUCGUCUGCAGCGGCUUAUCACCGAUUUAGCGGAGGCCCAUGUGACCGGCUAAGCUCAUGCGUUGACUGAAUAGGCUUGGUCAGCGCGGGCAGUUAAGGCAGGUGCGGCGGAUGCGUGUUAGGGAUACUGGCACUGGUUAGGCAAUCGGUCAAAAGAUCCGAAAGUGUGUGCUGUGCCAGCAUCAGGAAAUCAUGACCGUCGCAGCCAGGUAUGCGCUGGCAGGUUCCUGACACGCGGUCCCCUGCCUUUAGAUGCGCUUGCGCUCCCGCUGGGUAAACAGGCGGCGGGCAUGGCUGCCCAAUCCUCCUCGUCCUUCUGACUCCUGUUGGGGUGUUGUUGUUCUUGUUGGUGAAAAAUCCUGGUAAAGUGUAUGUUGUGGACCGGGGGGAGGUGGUGGCGCGCCUAGGCCGCGGGCCCGGCCAUGCCAGACACCUGCGCCCCCUCCCCCCAACCCCGGUCAACUUGACUCCGUCUUGACACCGGGUCCAGGUGGGAAGUGAGGAAGGGAGAGUGCGACUCCGCGAUCUACAUGUCCGCAAAACUGACCAUGAGUAUGGCGAGGCAGAGCGACUUAUUUUUUUAAAUAAGUAUACAACUGGUAUAUAAUAAGACACUAUUUGACGGAGACAUACAUAGAGUAGAUAUGGUAUCUCAUUAAAUAUUUGCCGAAAUUCUGGAGUGUGUUUUCUGCUCGUAAGGACUGCCUGAGUGUGGUUGUCAUACUAAUUAUCUCGUCGUAUAAUGUUGUGGUAUUUCAGUCACGUCACGAUGCCGGCCUUUGAAUGAGCUUCAAAUCAACCGCUAGCAUAACCCAAAUUCAGUAAAAAAUGACUAUUCAUGUGAAACGGAUUAUUCCCACCGAUUAUUGCCAGCUGCGUAAAGUCAGAUGUAUUUUACAGAAAAUCUGAAAAAAAAAUAUUCGUGCUUUUAUAAAUUUGGUGGCGAAUUAAUCGCUUUUAAGGUAUUUACUUAAAGAAAAAAUGUCUUCCAGUUUUAAACACUUUUUCACUUCCUGACUAAUUUUGGACCUGAUCCGCCAUUGCACUUGCAUCCAAGGUUUCCAAACUGCAACUUCUAUACCUUUUGUGUAAGGUAGAUCAUAGAAUUUGAUAUGACAUAAUGAAGAAGAACUAUAGAGACCAUGGCAUUUUUGCCAUGACUGUGGCCUGUUCGACAGCCGGCAUUCUGACGUGACCAGGAUAUCUUGAUAUUAUGCUGCAAGACAAUUACCAUGACAAUCGUACUUGAGAAGUAUUUUCGAGCUGAAAAGGCAUGUCAGCAUUUUGAUUAACAUUUCAGGAGAUAACACAUCAGGUUAAGCGCUGACGAACGUAAAUAAGCGCAAAUACAAAACAAGCUGUGUCGGUUUAAAGGCCACAUUAUUUACAAAACGCGAUUAAUUGUAGAGAGAGAAAGGCAUGUCAGGACAAGCGUGGAAAGGCCAAGUCAGGCUCCCCGGAUGGACUUCCCGCAUCACUGGGUAAUAUUGUCGGUUAAAGCACUCUCGCCUGAUAUUCGUUUAUUCAGCAUCGUAGCACUAUAAAAAUCACGCUGGCACAUCGCCCGAAUGGUCUUUUGAACUGAAGAGUCUGGAAUGUUUUGGGCAAAAUUACCAUUUACAAUGUCAUUAGCAUGCUCAAUCACUAAGCGAUUCCUGAGAGGGGUCUGAGACCAUUAAUACAAAGCAGGAAGAGGUUGAGAGGAGAGUAAACACCGUAAAGUGUGCCAGUUUGUUUGAAAGGAGGACAAAUUUACAAUUGGCAAAUUGAAUAAGCGGAAUUUGAGAACGAGAGUCAUUUUGAACAACAAAUCCGACCUUCCAGGAGAGCUGCACUAAGCAGAUCACACAGAAUAACAUUAUGAGCAUAAACGAGUUCUACAAACCCAGGUAAAUAGGCACGAUUAUUUUCUUUGAGGGUUCACCGAAUUACUUGGCAACAAGGCACCUAAAAUAUUUCAUUAUAUUUUUCGUGCUGAUUUUCCGGAGGCGACUGAUAAGAUGGACACACGUGCAGUACUGGCGAACUAAUGACCACAAAAUUAGACAAAGGUUGUUUGAAUACGAAUGACUGGUAUCUCUGGGAGAGGAAAAAUUGAGGCGUUGCUUCAGCCAUCGGACUUCACAAGCUGGGAGAGAGAUAGUCUAAUGCAUUAAGUUGGGUAUAAGUUGGGCGGAACUGUACUUUAGCAAAACUCAAACCGCUUCAUUGCCUCUAGCGGAAGUUGGGGUAAAAACGUUCUGCAGAUGGUUCGCAAGGUGACUGUUAAUGGUUCAGCAGCGUUUAGCUGUGUCCAGCUCGGGGCCGCUGCCACUUUUACUAGCCGAGAACUAGGUGCUGAUAGUGCUGGUCAAACGACCGUUCGAUCUAAGCAAUCGCUUAAGCGGACCAUUUUUUUUAUCUGAUUGAAUGUCAAAUCGAAGGCAAAAGUUCAACUACCGACGUAAUGAGGAAACAGCUCCUCAGGCGAUCCACGUUCAUGUCAGAAAAGCGAAAACAGUUAAUGUGAUCUUCCUUCCGGGGCGGCUGGUACGUGUGUCUUUCCCUGAAAUAACUCACUAGGCUUGCGUAAAUGCACAACCGUAGUGUCAGGACACUAGCACAUUUGAAAGCCUUAAUCGACAGUUGCUGACUGAGGACGAUAGCCGUUGUGAUGGUAGGGGGCGCUCACCGAACCGGAACUCACUCAUGCCGUUGUGCCUUACGGGCUUUCUCUAGAGCCCAACCAGCAACCACACAGUGGCGCAUGAUAUAGGCAGUAUGGUAUUACCGACAAAGACAAGGGAGACUGGAAUCUGCCCAAUGGUUAGAGGCGUGGACUUCUAACUAACAGGUCGCGAGUUCGAGCCUCGCGUGUUCCACACUUCGGGACUGGGUAUGACUGGAUGACGACGGCUAACAAGCUAGCAAUGGCCAUUCCAAUCUCCCUUGUCUUUGUCGGUAAUACCAUGCUGCCUAUAGUCAUUUUGGUUUAUGACGUCCAAACUAGGACUCCGCCACACAGACAGACAAUCCCUCGUGCCGCGUAGUACGUUCUUGUUCUUCACUCGGCUUACAUUUCACAAGACUUUGCUGUUAUUGUGGCUUAUACACUUGGUGUAUGCUGUCUCUCAGAGAACUGCAUCGGUCUGGACUUCAAUUCUGCCAUCCCAUGAAGGCUUCUUUGAAGAUAGCGUAGAAGAUGGCAGCUUGAUGGCAGGCAAAAUCCCCAACCCCAUCCCCCCCCCCUUAAGCGGGCAAAAUUAGCCGAGAACAGCGACCGUGAGAAUCAAGGGCAAUUCAAAUGACGAUCGCAAACUCAUGCUGUACUUAGGAUGUAAGCUAUACGCCAGGCCAAAUGGUUGUUUAUAAAGGGACAAGUUCCCCUACAGGGGUCACACGCGCCAUUUCGGAACGUGUAAAGUUCUCUAACUGGUGACCUCCUUGUUGAUUCCCAAACACUUACAGAGCUAUCAUGGUGAAACAACAAAACAGAAGUAACGAAAUGCCUAAUAUAUCUAAUCAUGAUGACUAACAGUGGCCCUUGGAGUUUUAGCCUCCUUUAAUUGUGAACCUGUUUUUCCUAACAUGUAACAGACGAAGUGAGGGUGGGACCAUGGCGUAAGCUCUUUCAUCCCGACAAGCUAAUCACAGGCUACGAGGAUGCCGCUAACAACUUUGCCAGAGGUUUCUUCACCGCCGGAAAGCUGAUACUUGGAAGACUGUUUGAGGAGUUUAGACGCACGAUGGAGGCCUGCGACUUUGUCCAGGGUGUACUCUUCUUCAAGAGCCUCGGUGGGGGCACGGGGGCUGGCCUGAGUGCAGCCCUCCUAGACCUCAUGAGCGACUACAGAAAGAUCACCAAAGUUGAAGUGCCCAUCUACCCCUCGCCGACAUUAUCCACAUCCAUCACAGAGCCCUACAACAGUGUACUUGGAGAGCACUUUUCCAUCGAGGACUACAACCUGGCCUUCCUUAUGGACAACGAGGCCCUCUACGACAUUUGCACACGUUACCUUCCCGCGACCAAUACAACAUACUCUGGCCUGAACAGAAUCGUGUCCAUUGUUGUCAGCUCAAUCACGGCGAGUGUGAGGUUUGAGAAUCUCCUGGGAGGUGACUUCACUGUGGUACAAACCAAUCUCAUUCCAUACCCUCGCAUCCACUUCCCGUUAAUUAACUUUGCCCCCUGUAUUUCCCUCGAGAACAAGUACUUUGAUGAGGGAUCCACGCGUUCCAUCACAAGGCAGGUGUUUGAACGGGAGAACCAGCUCAUAAAGGUGGAUCCGGCUUUUGGAAAAUAUAUGUCCUGCACCCUGCUGUACCGGGGCGAUGUGGACCCAAGCCAGGUUUAUUACUCUGUGAUGGAACUGAAGAAUGCCAAGGACGUGGAUUUUGUUGACUGGUGCCCCACCGGCUUCAAGGUGGGCAUUGCGCGAGAGCCGCCAGUCUACCGAAUCGAGAGUGGCGUUGCGCAGACUGCCCGAAACGUAGUCAUGCUGGCGAACAAUUCCGCCGUCAGCCAGGCCUGGGAGCGUAUGCUGCGCAAGUACCAUCUCCUCUAUUGUCGGCGCGCCUUCCUGCAUUGGUACCUCGGCGAGGGCAUGGAGAAGGCGGAAUUUGUCGAUGCCUACGCAAACAUCUCUUCUCUGGUGAAGGACUAUGAAGAAGUGACCGCUGACUGCUGA